GCGCCAGGUGGCCACCUCUUUCUCGCGGGUGGGGCGGGGCACUGAAAGGGGCGGUCCAGGACCCUGACUUGUCUCGCGGUUACUGGGCCGGCGCGAGCGCGCGAGGCUCGGGGGCGGCACGGGGCGGGUUUAGCCUGGGGCGGGCGCUGCGGGUGUUGCAGGGCGUCGCUGUGCUAGCUGGGCUGCGGUCGUCUCGGGUGAGGAGGUCGCACCGGAAGUGGCUCUGGCUGUGGCGCUUCGGCGGAGUAAGCAGCCUGCGAUAGAAUUUUGUUGUUUAGGGGGCGCGGCACCGCACCGCUUCUUUCACCUUCCUUGCAGCUGCCAUGGCGAAAGGCAGAGUCGCCGAACGCUCGCAGACGGGCGCUAACCACAGGACCCCCGUGGGGGACCGGGCAGCGGGGACGCGGGGUCCCGCGGCGCCUUGCAGCAGAGACCACCAGAAGGAAAAAUCCUGGGCAGAAGCUGGAUCAGCAGGAAUGUCACUCCUAAUAUUGGUGUCCAUUUUCUUAUCUGCAGCUUUUGUUAUGUUUUUGGUAUAUAAAAAUUUUCCUCAGCUUAGUGAAGAAGAAAGAGUGAAUAUGAAGGUUCCCAGAGAUAUGGAUGAUGCCAAGGCUCUAGGAAAAGUUUUAUCCAAAUAUAAGGACACCUUUUAUGUUCAAGUACUUGUAGCUUAUUUUGCUACAUAUAUUUUCUUGCAAACAUUUGCUAUUCCAGGCUCUAUAUUUCUCAGUAUACUUUCAGGGUUUCUUUAUCCCUUUCCACUAGCCUUAUUUCUUGUUUGUUUGUGUUCUGGACUUGGUGCCUCUUUUUGUUAUAUGCUUUCCUAUUUAGUUGGGAGACCAGUUGUAUACAAAUACCUAACAGAGAAAGCAGUAAAAUGGUCACAGCAGGUUGAGCGUCAUAGAGAACAUCUCAUUAACUACAUUAUAUUUUUGAGAAUAACACCAUUUCUGCCUAAUUGGUUUAUUAAUAUCACGUCUCCUGUGAUAAACGUGCCAUUGAAAGUUUUUUUUAUUGGUACUUUUCUAGGUGUUGCACCUCCUUCUUUUGUAGCCAUUAAGGCAGGAACAACACUGUAUCAACUUACAACAGCAGGAGAAGCUGUUUCCUGGAACUCAAUAUUUAUUCUGAUGAUCUUGGCUGUGCUUUCUAUUAUGCCAGUCAUCUUCCAAAAAAAACUAAAGCAGAAAUUUGAGUAAAAAUAAUCAUCUGGUUUUUAGUUUUGCUGUCAUCACCAUCUCAGGAUUAACAGUAGAGAUGGUGUUUCACCAUGUUGGCCGGGCUGAUCUUGAACUCCUGACCUCAGGCUGUCUGCCCACUUCCAUCUCCCAAAGUGCUGGGAUUACAGGCUUGAGUCACUGCGCCCGGCCAUGGUAUUGAUAAUUUAUAUUCAGAUAAUUUGUUAUGGCUCUUUAAUAUCUCAAAAGGGACUCUAAAAAGCAAACACUCAAGAGUUUGUAGUUUUUAGACAUUAAGUUAAUUAUUUUAAACAAUGACAGCAAAACACAAGUGAUUAAAUAUAGUUUAUUUGUUCCAAUGACUAAAUUUUACCUCAUUUAUUAAUCUGGUUAUUAAGGAAUACAUUUAAUAAUAAUAUGUAAUUCUUUUUAUGCAUGAUACACCUAGAAAAAUGCCUUUUGUUUCUAUUGAUGGCUUUUUUGUUUGGAGCUGCUUUUGAUUACUUAAUGCAGUUUCCCAAUUUAAUCUUUUUCUAACUCACAAAGUAAAAUUAACUGAUUACAUGGCAACUACUAUAUUUAAAUAGUUCUGGAAAAAUGAAAGUGCUUUUUGCUGCUUGGUUAAUAGGUAAUGCCCUUGAUUCCUUGGUUGUAGGACAUAGCUGAUCUAAAGUGCUCUGUCAGUUUUGCCUUCACCCAUGACUGUCAUGUUGAAAAGUUCUUUAGCUGUGAGAAAUCCUUGUAUGUUUUUAUUAUGAGAGGUAUAAUCAUCCUCAAAAGCCUGUUUUUACUACAUGAUGUGGACUGAUUAUUUUUUCUAUCACAGUAUUAACAGAUAGAUUUUAUUGUAAAUACAAAGAAAAUAUAUUGAUUAUUAUAGUAUUCUUAUGUCAGCUGGCCUUUUAUGUGAGAUUAUUAUUUCUAGCAAGGCUUUCUUCCUUUCUUAUUGCCCAGAGACUGAUAAAUCCUUUCUUAUUUUUACACAUAAAUUAAAACAUAGCUUUUUUGGACAAAUUCAUUAAAUAUUACUGUAUAAAAUGUAAUUGAGUAAAUUUUUAUCAGAAUUUUAAAAAUGAGCUUAGACUCAGAAGCUUCACUAUUUACUCCAGCGUGUGUAAAUUGUACUUACUCUAUUCUCAGAGUAUAUUUACUGUCCUUAUCAUUGAUUCUUUCCCUUUGCUAAUUUUUUUUUUUUUGUUAAUGGUAGCUGCGACUUUAGGUGGGGUAUAUUUUCUUCUCCUAAGAGAAUAGACAGUUUUUCCAGAUUCAUCAUCAUUGACUGUCAAGAAAGGACCCUUCAGCAGGCUGUACCCUCAGUGCAGUUGAUGGCCUGUCUUCAUGGAUUCACAGACUUGGCCUGAUGCCACAUGUAAAUUCAAGCUUUGGCUUGACAAUUAUACGGUAACAACCACAAGAAGACAAGCAUCUGUGGUGCGGAGGCAAGCAGGCUAACUCGAAGUUGACAUGCUAAGAAAGUGAAACUGUUCUUUCUUAGUUAAUGGUCUUUCUCUGGAGCUCUGUUACUCUGAGUAUAAUAUUUCCAUGACACUUAGUAAAUGCAAGCUAAAAUGUAAUAAUAAUAAUAAUAAAUUGUACUGGAGAAACCUAAA